AUGUUUGCACGUAAUCGUGACACAACAAAUUCUUCACAACUGAAAGAAAAACUCGGACAUCAAUUGACUUUAAUGUGUUGUAAAGAUCUUCUUCCAUUUUCAAUUGUUGAAAAUGAAGGUUUCCAAGAUUUCUUAAUCUCUAACAAAAUCGUUAAUACGAAAUAUGAUAUUCCAUCAGGAACUACCUUAUCACCUCUGAAUCUUAAUAAAAUUUAUAAUGUAUGUCUUGAUAAAACAAAAGAACAAAUAAAGUUAUUAACAAACUACCCGACGAUAGCAUGUGAUGCAUGGACUGACAAUUUAAGAACGCAACCAUUUAAUGAAGCUCAUACAGGUGAAUCAAUAAAAGAUCUUGUAUCGAAUGUUUUAAUUGAAUUUGGUAUAAAUCCAAAUAGUGUGUUGGAUAAAGAUGCAAAUAUGCGCAAAGCUUGGAGAUUGUUAAAUGUUAUUCAUAUAUUUUGUGUUGAUCAUGGAAUUCACAAUUUGUUAAUGAAGAAUUGUUUUCAUAAUAUGAAUUACGUUUCAGAAAUAUUAGAUAAAAUUCAAUCAAUUAUUAACAAGCUUCGUUAUCGUCAACAUGAACUUGAAAAUGAAUAUUUUCGAUCGAAUGAAAAACGUUUUAAUGAUUUGCUUUUAUCCAUCGAUAAAGCUGAUGAAAUCAUAGAUGCAGAUUUAGCUUCGACAUAUAUUGAUGCUGAUGAUACACAAGUAUUGAAUGAAAAAUUAGAAUGA